UGUAAAUUAGUUAAAUUUAGCCUUGUGUUUUUAUUUAAGUCGCUGUUCAUUGUUUGUUAUAUAAAGCAGAUUGAAUUAUAUCCUAUGGACGCUGAUGUGUGGAUGUUGUGUCCUUUUGAUAACUUUGUGGAGCUUGUUUUUAGCUGCAUGUCUUUUUCUAUCUCACUGAACAAAGUCCCUGUGUGUGAACCAUAGACUGUAUAUAUAAAGGUGUGAACUGCUUCAGCUGAUAAGGCUGGUUAUGAAUCAGAGGGAGGAGCUGCAGACAGUGAGGGAAGUUGAAAGUAGGAAGUCAGACUGCCAGACGCCAUUUUACAGCUCGUCAGGAGGAGAACAAAAGGACUGUUCCAGAAACAGCAGGCAUCAAGUUCCCUGACAUCAAAUCAGCGGGAGUCACACCGCGCAGUCAGAGGGUCCCAUCCACCUCAGCUCUCCUGCAGCGUCUCUCCCGCCCACCGUCCUCUCUCCCCCCUCUCCUCUCUCUAGCCUCCCCCUCCGCCCCGCCUCCCUUCUCCUGCUCCCCCCUCGUCGACCUCCAAGAUAGAUUCCCUCAGGAGUAAGGUUGACCUGUGCUUGCGGGAGGUCCUGGAGUGCGAGGACUUGUACGAGUAUCCCGACUCGUUGUCCAUGUCUCUGGCCGGUGCUUAGCGGACUUUGUGAGCCCCGACUCCUCCUCCUCCUCCCCCCAGGACUUGAUACUGAUGGGGGGCGUCCUGAGCUUCUUGGCGCUCCUCACCCCACUCGCCUUCCUCAUCCUGCCCUGCGAGGGCCUCUACGUCUCCCUGGCCUUCAAGCUGCUGGUGCUGCUCAUCUCCUCCUGGGCGCUGUUCCUCCGCCCGCCUCGCGCCACGCUCCCGCGCUUCUUCGGCUUCCGCUGCCUGCUCAUGGUGCUGGUGUUCCUGUUCGUGGCGUCCUAUUGGUUGUUCUACGGCGUGCGGGUGCUGGAGCCGAGGGAGAGGGACUACCGGGGGAUCGUGGAGUACGCCGCCUCGCUGGUGGACGCUCUGCUCUUCAUUCAGUACCUGGCUCUGGUGCUGCUGGAGGUCCGACACCUGCAGCCCGCCUUCUGCCUCAAAGUGGUGCCAAGUACUGAUGGAGCCAGCAAGUUCUACAACGUGGGACACCUCAGACAGAGAGCAGGGUCUACGGUCUCCAUGUGGUCUCUGAAGAGUGACGGGUCUAAAGGGUGGCUUCCUCCAUACUUCAGUAAUGAACCUGGACCCUCAGACACAAAAUAGUGGUCUGCAGGAGGUUUUAGAUGAACAUAG